UAAUCGUUUUUCUCUUACCCGGAUAUUACGCAGCUAGUGACGUCAGUAUCAGGAAGUAGCAGCACAGACCUCUUGGCUCGUUCGUGCUCGGAAGCUGGAUCUCCCUCACUGGCGUUUUUCUUUGUAGUCAACGAUAAACACUUCCUGAUUUGUGGACUGUCUGUUUUCUGUCCGAGCAAACAGCCUGGGUUUUACUUGGUAUUCUCUGUUCGGGCUAGAUGCGCUAACAUCGUUUGUGUUAGCUCGCUGGCUAACGAGCCAGCUAACAGCUAGGGUUGUUUUGAUUAUUGAUGUGAACAUUAAGAUUUCGUCGACGCUGUCUGUGCUCAGAUGGUCAGAGCCAACUCACACACUGAACACCGUUUUCCACAGACACCAGUGGAAUGAGAAUAUUGUUCGACUCUUAGGAUCCACGAGGUAAAAGACGCAGUUCAUGUAAAUCUUCUGUGUCGCACCAGCUAGCUGAGAAGCUAACGUUAACGUCAAACGACAGUCGCCAGCUUUCUCUAUCUCAGCUGGGGACCCUCUGCAUCGUCGUGUACCCCGGACAGUGGUAGUCUAGUGAGCUUCAGGGGCUCUCUGUGAAUCGGAUCCAAUGCGUGGCAUGAUGGGGACCCAGAGCAGUCCUGUCAAGAGUUACGAUUAUCUCCUGAAAUUUCUUCUGGUGGGAGACAGUGAUGUCGGAAAGGGAGAAAUCUUGGAAAGUCUGCAAGACGGAUCAGUAGAGUCUCCUUAUGCCUACAGUAGUGGGAUCGAUUACAAGACCACCACAAUCCUGCUGGAUGGAAGGAGAGUGAAACUAGAGUUAUGGGACACCUCAGGGCAGGGUAGAUUCUGCACCAUCUUCAGGUCGUACUCUCGUGGAGCACAGGGCAUCCUGCUCGUGUAUGACAUCACCAACAACUGGUCGUUUGAUGGCAUUGACCGUUGGAUUCGGGAAAUUGAUGAGCAUGCACCAGGUGUUCCCAGGAUUCUGGUGGGAAACCGACUUCACUUGGCUUUCAAGCGACAGGUGCCAACAGAGCAGGCAAGAGCGUACGCAGAGAAGAACAGCAUGACUUUCUUCGAGGUCAGUCCGCUCUGCAACUUCAACGUCAUCGAAUCCUUCACAGAACUUUCACGCAUCGUGCUGAUGAGGCACGGGAUGGAGAAGUUUUGGAGACCCAACAGAGUCUUCAGCCUCCAGGAUCUGUGCUGCCGCUCGAUCGUCUCCUGCACACCGGUGCACCUCAUCGACAAGCUCCCCCUCCCUGUGGCCAUCAAGUCCCACCUCAAGUCUUUCUCCAUGGCCAACGGCAUGAACGCGGUCAUGAUGCAUGGACGCUCCUACUCAGUGGCCAACAGUGCAGCCUCAGGUAGCAGUGGCAGUGGCAGCAAAGCCAACAGUCUCAAACGCUCAAAGUCUUUCAGGCCUCCACAGAGUCCUCCAAAGAACUCGUCAUCCUCCUCGAAGGGGAACUGUAAGAUUUCAUAGUGAAGAAUCAGACCCACGGUUGCCUCCACAGGACCAGUGUUAAAGGUGUUGUUGCUCCGAGAGGUCACAAGGCCAGAGACGAGCACGGAGAGCUGCGAGCUGUCUUCACCAGAGACGGAUGCCAGCUUUGAACUUACAUUGACCUUUGGGAACUGACUUGGAUAACUGGGUUGUUUUCUGUUCUCUACGCACUUGCCGGAGCCAUCUUGUGGUUGUCCAUUUACUUGUACUCUUUACUGCAGAGGCUCACUGUGAUCAAGCAGAACAAGAUUUCCCUGGGACCAACAAAUGUGAAUUCAAGGAUAAUCACUCAACUGUCA